AUGGCCGGGACGCGCUGGGAGUCCAAAACUACCUACCUGGAAGACCUUCCACCACUCCCUGAGUAUGAAUUGGCCCGGUCCAAGUUAGGAGAGGAAGUGGCUGAUGUUUAUCUCAUUCGAGCUCAAGGAUUGCCUUGGUCGUGUACUGUGGAAGAUGUGCUUAACUUUUUCUCAGACUGCAGAAUCCGCAAUGCUGGGAAUGGAAUACAUUUCCUCUUAAAGAGAGAUGGGAAACGAAGGGGUGAUGCCUUAAUUGAAAUGGAGUCAGAGCAGGACGUGCAAAAAGCCUUAGAGAAGCACCGCAUGUACAUGGGUCAGCGUUACGUGGAAGUUUAUGAGAUAAACAAUGAAGAUGUGGAUGCCUUAAUGAAGAGCCUACAGGUCAAAUCUUCACCUGUGGCAAAUGACGGCGUGGAUCGUUUGAGAGGACUUCCUUAUAGUUGCAAUGAGAAAGGCAUUGUAGACUUCUUUGCAGGACUGAAUAUACUAGACAUUACUUUUGUGAUGGACUAUCGAGGGAGAAGAAAAACAGGGGAAGCCUAUGUGCAGUUUGAAGAACCAGAAAUGGCCAACCAAGCCCUCUUGAAACACAGGGAAGAAAUUGGUAACCGAUAUAUAGAGAUAUUUCCAAGCAGAAGGAGAACACAUGUUGGCUCUCAUAAGGGAAAGAAAACGACAUCUUCUCCUACUGCUAAGUAUAUAACUGAGCCAGAAAUGGUCUUUGAAGAACAUGAAGUAAAUGAGGAUAUUCGACCCAUGACAGCUUUUGAAAGUGAGAAGGAAAUAGAAUUGCCUAAGGAUAUGCCAGAGAAACUUCCAGAAGCUGUUGAUUUUGGAACUACGCCUUCACUCCAUUUUGUCCACAUGAGGGGAUUGCCUUUCCAAGCCAAUGCCCAAGACAUUAUAAAUUUUUUUGCUCCACUGAAGCCUGUUAGAAUCACCAUGGAAUACAGUUCCAGUGGGAAAGCCACUGGUGAAGCUGAUGUGCACUUUGAGACCCACGAGGACGCUGUUGCAGCUAUGCUCAAGGAUCGGUCCCACGUUCACCAUAGAUAUAUUGAACUGUUCCUGAAUUCAUGUCCAAAAGGAAAAUAAGAUUUCCAGAGACUCCAGAUAAUAAGGAUGAAGCAAGAAGCAUUUCAUUUGCACAUCUUUCUUGGAUAUCGGAUAUAAAGUUCCAGUUUAUUAGCAGCAACUGCUAGAGAAAGGAUUUGGGGGUUUGGGGUUCAUUGCUUCUGAGAAAAAUUUCGUAGAGGACUGAAAGAGAAGAUUGAGUUUGGGAUUAUGAAAUAAACCACAGAUUAAAAUUUU